AUGGUAACAGGGAUUAUUAUAGGGUCUAUAGGAGUGGCAGUGAUUGGUACAUUUAUAGGAAUAAGUAUGCGAGCAUUUCAGAGGUAUAAAAAGUUACCAGGAGGGGUCUCAUCGCAGUAUAUAUAUAAGGGGGGCUUUGAUAAGCAAAUGACGAGUCGAGAAGCGGCGUUAAUUUUAUCAUUAAACGAGAAUAGAAUGACGAGAUCUAAGGUGAAAGAAGCACAUAGAAGGGUGAUGCUUUUGAACCAUCCGGAUAGGGGGGGUAGUCCGUAUAUAGCGAGUAAAAUAAAUGAGGCAAAAGAUUUAUUAGAAAAGCAAAGGAAUUUGAGAGGAUAA